AUGCUCCUGGGCGAAUCUUGGCGGUAUUUACUCGAAUCUGGUGCCAACUUCACCUACGUCAAAGUACCUUUUUUGGUUCGGUAUCGUACCAUUUUUUUUCAGUGUGAUUCGGAUAGCGACGAUGAUAUUAAAAUAUUAUCAAACAAAAAAUUAAAACAACAACGUAAACAAUCAGCCGAUACAAGAAUAGCAUCAAAGGCCAAGAGCAAUCCUUCAUCCACAUUAACUACAACAACAAUACAUUCACCAGCUAUUACAACUGAUAAUCCAUCAAAAGCACAACGUAAACCAAAAGCAACAUCCAUAGCAGUUAAACGAAAUCGCACACCCAACAGCUCGUUAGAUUCCACAACAACUGAUAACAAGGAAUUCAAAACAAAUAAUAAUGAAGAUUAG